AACGACUGCAAGGAGAUCUCUGAUCUCGCUCUCGCACUGUGCCACUUCCCAAAACCCUAGAACAAUGGCGAAGCCCAUCGUCAUCUUCGCUCUAAUUGCUCUUCUCCCAUUUCUCUGUUAUGCCUUCUCCCCCGAGAACCCCACGGAUCGCAAAGUCCUCGUCUUGCUCGACGACUUUGCCAUCAAGUCUUCCCACUCUUUGUUCUUCAAGUCCCUCCAGUCUCGGGGUUUCGAGCUCGAUUUCAAGCUUGCCGAUGACCCCAAGAUUUCCUUGCAGAGAUAUGGACACUAUUUCUACGACGCAUUGAUCUUGUUUUCCCCUACAAUUGAUCGUUUUGGAGGAUCCGUCGAUCUUGCUGCUAUACUGGAUUUUGUCGAUUCGGGUCAUGAUCUGAUUCUUGCUGCUGAUUCUAAUGCAUCUGAGUUGAUCCGAGAAAUUGCCACUGAAUGUGGUGUUGAUUUUGAUGAGGAUCCAGCUGCUGUUGUCAUUGACCACACCAGCUAUGCGGUAUCAGAGACUGAGGGAGAUCACACAUUGAUUGCCAGUGACAAUUUGAUCAAGUCCAACGUAAUUGUGGGAAGCCAGAAAAUUGAGGCUCCUGUGCUUUUCCAGGGGAUUGGCCAUACUUUAAAUCCUGCCAAUAGCUUGGUGCUUAAAGCUCUCUCAGCGUCUCCCUCAGCAUAUUCUGCCAAUCCAAAGUCCAAGCUAUCAAAUCCUCCACAGCUAACAGGAUCUUCUAUCUCUUUGGUUUCAGUCAUUCAGGCAAGAAACAGUGCUCGGAUAUUGAUCUCUGGAUCAUUGAGUUUGUUUAGCAAUCGACUUUUCAAAUCUGGGGUGCAGAAGGCUGGGAGUCCAACCAACAGGCAUGAUAAAUCCGGCAACGAGCAGUUUUCAAUUGAAUUAAGCAAAUGGGUUUUCCAUGAGAGAGGUCAUCUUAAGGCUGUGAAUGUUAGGCACCACAAAGUUGGGGAAACUAAUGAACCGGCAAUUUACAGGAUUAAUGAUGAAUUGGAAUAUUCAGUUGAGAUUUACGAGUGGUCUGGUAAGGCAUGGGAGCCAUAUGUGACUGAUGACGUUCAGGUGCAGUUUUACAUGAUGAGCCCCUAUGUUUUGAAAACUUUAUCGACCGACAACAAGGGUCUUUAUCAUACAGCCUUUAAAGUUCCAGAUGUAUAUGGAGUGUUCCAGUUCAAGGUUGAGUAUCAAAAACUUGGCUACACUACCUUAUCUCUAUCAAAGCAGAUUCCAGUGCGCCCCUUUAGGCACAAUGAAUAUGAAAGAUUUAUUCCUACGGCUUAUCCAUACUAUGGAGCAACAUUUUCAAUGAUGGCUGGCUUCUUCGUCUUCACCGUUGUUCACCUAUACAACAAGUAAGCAACCAUGCAGAUCCAAACAAACUCAAUCAAUGUAAGGAUGCAGAGCUUAGUUUUUCUGAUUUUGAAUUUUUAUUUGAGCUCUACCUCUUUUUCCAUAUUUUAAUUUUUGAAUGCUGCUGUUAUAAUUAUGGAUACUUUAGCCUUAGUGAUUAAUAUAGAGAAAAUGACAAUUUUGUUGAGAGAGCA